CUGAAACCGAGUCUGCCGGAAGAGCAGAAAGAAAACAAACAUAGAAGCUACGAUGUGCACGAGCUGUGUGGAAAUAAGCAACAAGCUGAUACAAAACAAGAAAAAACUAGCGCUAUAAAGGGUCAGGUGUUUGUGUGCUUGCUGUUGUUGAAGCUAUGGGCCGCAUCUUUCUCGAUCACAUUGGCGGAACGCGGCUCUUUUCCUGCGCUAACUGCGACACCAUCCUGACCAACCGCUCCGAGCUCAUCUCUACACGCUUCACGGGUGCCACAGGCAGAGCCUUUCUCUUUAACAAGGUGGUGAAUCUGCAGUACAGUGAAGUGCAGGAUCGCGUGAUGCUGACCGGCAGACACAUGGUUCGUGAUGUGAGCUGUAAAAACUGCAACAGUAAGUUGGGCUGGAUCUAUGAGUUCGCCACCGAGGACAGUCAGCGCUAUAAAGAAGGUCGUGUGAUUCUCGAGAGGGCGCUGGUGAGGGAGAGCGAGGGCUUCGAGGAGCACGUGCCCUCCGACGCAUCCUGAUGGGAGUCCAUCUCCAAUAUCUCAGCUCAACUUUUCUUUUAUCACAUCUAGUGAGGCUUUGUGAAAAUGUUUUGUCUGUGUAUUUCUCCUCAGAAACACGACGUGAGCUACCGGUGUACACGUUAAGUUGUUUCUGGUUCGGCUGCUGGUUAGACGGCACCUCUGGGCUUCUUUAACUUUACUCAAUUUCAGAGUCAUGGGAGUCUUAGUAUUAAAACCAAUAAGCAAAUGCAUCCGGCAUUUCAGUCCAAAAGGAUUUGUAAAGAUUAAGAGUCCUUCCUAGAGUUUCUGACCUAGUGAACACGACCAGAUUACUAGCAGUUAAACUCUUCUUUAUUGAUAAUGUGAUGUGAAUGAUGAAAUUGCAUGUGCAAAGUACACACACACACACACACGCGCGCGCGUGCCCGUGCUCAUGCUUUCAUUAAAAAACACAGUGAGGUUA